GUGGACAUACGAAACGCGUCAAUACAACCAUGCGGCGGGUCAGCCGGGUUUAUUUACAGAAAUGAUGAAUAAAUUCAUCAAAAUUAAACAGGAAGCCUCCGGCUGGCCCGCGGAUUGCAUAAACGAUGUGGUGAAACAACAACAAUAUCUAGUGGAUUUUGAAGAAGCUGAAAAAGUGAAGCUAACACCGGAACGCAUCGAAAAUAACCCUGGUCUUCGAUCCCUCGCCAAAUUAAUGUUGAAUUCGUUCUGGGGAAAGUUUGGACAACGUGAAAACCAACCACAAACAACCAUCGUCAACGAUCCUCAGGAAUGCUUUGAUCUCCUUGCGCAUCCGUCGAAGAAUGUCAACAGUAUAACUCCUGUGAAUGAACAAACUGUUGUAAUCAACUGGGAGUACGCCGACGAGGCUGUGGAAUCUCUGCCUACUGUGAAUGUGAUCCCCCGACUGGAAAAUUCAUUGGAGACAUGACCGAUGAGCUGGAGGUAUACGGUAUCGGUUCCUACAUCACGGAAUUUGUUUCGGGCGGGCCGAAAAAUUACGCAUACUCGGUGUGGUCAACGACGAAGCAGUGUAUCGAACAUGUUUGUAAGGUGAAAGGGAUCGCCUUAACAUACAGUGCUUCUCGGUUGAUUAAUUUUGAGAAAAUUAAACAAAUGGUUCUAGAAAAAACAGAUUCCAUUCGUUUGACGUCGAUGAACUUUGUGCGGACAAAAGAUCAUCGUGUAGUAACCAAAGAGGAGACAAAGACAUACAGAACGAAUUCAACAAAGAGACUCUUCAUGGAUGACAACAGUUCUCGGCCAUUCGGGUACAAGGUCCCUAGGAACUAAUUAAGUGGAAAUUAAAAAUUAAUAUAAUAAUAUAAAAAAAAGGUAACUUUGAAUUAUUAAUAUUAUAUAGAUAUAUAUGGUACAUACAAUUUGUCUAUUUUGUUUUUGAUAUAUUCAACGCGUACAACCGGGUGAGAAACGGACUUGUACACUCAGCCUACAUCGCAGCCACCACAACUACACUUAUGAGCCUCAGUCAAAUAAUCAAUCACAAAAAAGGUGUAUCACUACAAAAAUUACCAUUGAAUAAUUAAUAUUGUAUAUGUAUGUUUUCUGUUUAGAAACACGGUAUUUGCACCAAUCAACGACUGGGAUUCGAAAGCAACAACGAAAGAAAGAACUUUUUCACCUCUUUUUCAU